AUGAUUCCGUCUUCCAGUCAAGCUGAGGGCUUGUCAAGCGUGUCUUCCAGACUAGACUGCGUUGAGCAAAACAACAACCAGAAUCUGCCCAAUAAGCGCCGCCGCAGGCUUUCCGAUGACCAAUACAUUCACCCUGGACCAAGCCCAUCAGGCCAGAACAAGUUUCCGACAACAUCGAGCAGCAGAAUAAUUGAAGGCUCACUUGGAAGCAACCAAAAUGCUCCCGGGAUCAAGAUAAUCUUCCCUCAACAUACCGAAGAAACAUUCGGAAAAUACACUCAGGACCAGGGCCUAGCUGUUGUGCCCAUGCACCGAGAAUUUUCGCAUGGUGACGCCCGGUUCACGCACAUUGGGGAAUUAGGUCGCGGCAGUUCUAGUACCGUUGACAAAGUCGAGCCAAGUGGUGGCAUAUUUCUUCCCGGCAAAAUCUACGCACGGAAAGCGUUCACCAUAAGGCGCCGUCAGUCCACAUCCCACGAACUCGCCCUGCUCGAUAUGGCACGAACACUUCUACACCCGAACAUUCUCACGACAAUCAUGACUUACGAGGAGGAGGGUGACGCCCACAGCUCACAGUACGGCAUAAUUUUGAAUCCAGUGGCUGAUUGCACGCUUCGAGCCUUCUUAGAAAGGGAAGAUGGGGCCAGCGACAUUGGGGAAGCCGCUGCAAAACGCGUGGCAAAGUGGCUGGGCUGCUUGGGAAGCGGAUUAAGCUAUCUGCAUGCCAAAAACCUAAUUCAUAGACGAAUUUCGCCAUCAAGCAUUCUGAUAAGAGGGGAAGAAAUAUUUUUUGCCGAAUUUGCCAUCUCAAAUCACUUUAGAGCAACAGAAAGAUUGGUUGAGGACUCUUCGAGGGCAAAUGCGAUCUGGGAGGUGUACCAGGCGCCAGAAGCCCAGACACAGCAGCUGUUGGGCACGAAAGCUGAUAUAUUCUCCUUAGGAUGCGUUUUCAUUGAGCUACUAACAUCCGCCUCUACGAUGCCGCUCAAGACCCUCCAGGAUUCGAUCCGACAACAACCUUUCCCAACUUACCGCCACUGGAUCACAAAAACUCUGGACUGGCUUGCUCAAAUUCAGAGCCAGCUCACACUCCCCACUCUCCGUCGCUUCAGCCCAUACUGCGAGAAUAUGCUCAAAUUGAAUCCAAGUACCCGCCCGUCUGCUUUCGCAGUCACAAGGUUCUUAUUCGAUUCCAACCCGAAGCUUUCAGAAGGGUUUGAAGCGACGAAAUCAGUCUGCGACUGCCUUUUACCUUGGCUGGGCAAGUCUGACGAACAGUGUAGAGUAUUGAUGUGUGUAUCCCUUGGUCUCGAGAAAGCAAUGUUUAACAUUUCCUUAGCUCACUACCGGGAACAAGCCGCAGCGCCCUGGGUCCAGAUGCAUUGCCGCCGCCGGGCCGAUACCAGUUACCUACGGACUCGUACGUCUUCCCCCAUCCAGUAG